AUUACGUGUAUAAAUAUGAUAUAUCCAUGCGUGUAGUACUCUUUAGGAAAAAAAUUUUUGCCCUUCAUAGGGUAGUCACUUUCCUUUUUCUUCUUUACUUACAAAUCUUUCUUCCUCUACACAUCAAAACGCAAAGAGAGAGACAGAAUAGAAGUGAGAGAGAGAGAGAGUCUAAUUGUUUCUCCUGUAAACUGCAAACCGAUCUUGUGUCUGAAAAUGGUGUGGAGCAGCAAAAUGUCAAGCUUUCUACUGAUUUUGCUCAUUCUUAAUUCGACCCAUUUCAGUCUAAUGGCUAAUGGUAGACCAGAGCCAAACUCAGUCGAAUUCACCAAGAGUGGAGAUCAAGAUGAGAAGAUGAUGAUGAGAGGUCUAAUAGGAUCAAGACCACCAAGAUGUGAGAGAGUGAGAUGUCGUUCUUGUGGUCAUUGUGAAGCAAUUCAAGUUCCUACAAAUCCUCAAACAAAGCUUCACUCUCCUUUUACCACUUCUUCUUCCUCUGAGAUUAUUCAUCUUGAUUACACUAGAGGAGAUGAUAGUACUAAUUACAAACCCAUGAGCUGGAAAUGCAAAUGUGGUAACUCUAUCUACAACCCUUGAAGAACAUUUCUUUGCUCUUUUUACAAUUUUUUUCUUUUUCUUUUUGGGUUAAAUUUCUAAAUUCUCUGUGUACAUAUUUAUAAUUUUGUUGUUUUUUUUUCUCGGGUCAAACAUAUUUUAGUUGUAAUCUUCAGAUUUUAUGGUAAUUCUGUGUGGCUGAUUAUGUUA